AAAAUGAUAGAGUUAUUUGAUAAGCUGUGGAAGGCUUUAGAAGAACAUAGAAUUGAUGAAAUAGGGUUAUUGCCAUUCACACCAGACAUAGACCAACUACCCUUUGAGAGUCAAGAAUUUCAUCCUCUGGUUGUUAUUGAAUCAAAACUGGGUAUUGCUAAGCCUGAACUUGCUGUUUUACUCAAGCAAGCGCAUGGCCGUUUUAUAGCACUUGAUCAAAACGACUCCAAACAACUCGAGAAAGUAACGCGUAUCAUGAUUUUAUUAAAGCCUGAUAAUUAUACAGCCAUGAACAAGAGAAAGCAAUUAUUGCUGUCUAAUCACAUUGAUCCAAAGCAAGAAUUGGCUUUGAUUGAACUUAUUUUCACUAUUCCAAGGCAUGCUAAGAGUUCAAUUGCUUGGUAUCAUCGACAAUGGAUUUUGACACAGUUUGCUCAAGAGAUGGAUAUUGAAAAAGAAUUAAAACUUGCCAAGGUGUCAUCAGCAGCUUACCCCCGAAACUAUUAUGCAUGGACAUAUCGCACUUGGAUUUUGUUAAGCCAUUGCUCUCUACCAAGAGCACAACAAGAAUACGACCAAACAUGUUGCUGGAUUGAACUCAAUAUCAGUGAUUUUUCGGGGUUGCAAUAUUUACAACGUAUCAUUCAGUACUUGAAGAUAAAAGACUAUAGAAGACAUAUGGAAUGGCUAGACCAAUUGAUCAUCAAAUAUCCUGGCUAUGAGUCUUUAUGGUGUCAUAGAAGAUUCUGCUCGUAUUUAUUUGUCUCUUCAACUGAAUAUUGCGAUUCGCAACAUGCAUUUAUCCAUGGCAUUGUAUCUGAUCAAUUCAAAGAUCAAUCCUUGAGUGAUUCUAAAUCAGAUUUUGAUUUGCAAAAAGAAUAUGCAUUGAAGUUUGGUACCUGGCAAACAAUGAUGGAAAAACGCUAUUUUGGACAUUCACUUGCAAGUCAAUCUACGGUUGAUCUCUACAAGACAAAAGCACCAUUCUAAUCCAAACCAAAUACACACUUGUCUGGUAUAAAAUAACCUUAUCGAUAAGCAACUCCCUGAAGUAUGCGUGCUAUUUAUUUAUUUUUCUUUAUAAUAUGUAAGGGGAAGAAUGCCUUAUUUUAGUGUCUUGGAAUAGGAGUAAGAAUGGUCUUAAAUGUUAAGUUGUUGACAUCUGCAGUUGUCGAUCUUUUUCAUUUCUAUAUUUAAACAUAGCAUGACGUCUUUCCUGCCUCGGCUAUUACGAUCAUCGCAACACAAUGGCAUUGAUGCUUCCUAUGUUCAUCGGAAACAACAUGAAAGAAACCUAAAAUAAUCAUUUUAAGAACAGAUUGGAUGUCAUAUACUAGCCGAGGAAUAACUUGUUCAAACAAUGUUUCUAUAUAUUAAUGAUCAAAUUUCUAUAAAAACUGACCCGUUGCUCAUAAAACGGAAAAAAAAAACA